AUGGGCUCUAGACACAGUCUGGAGCGCGAUGGGCCCCGAGGCCCCCGUAAGCGGGUCCACGCCCCCCCUGCGCCCCGGCCCGCGUGGAACCGGCCGCCGCGCAACGGUCCUAUUCCGGGCGUGCCGGCACACUCAGACAUCUCUGACAUUGCUGGACUCCCUUGGGAAUCCUUCGUAGAAAGCCCCAGCCAGCAGAUCUACCAACUGCCCCUCGGUGAGACCAUCAUCCAGAGGCUGCACAGAGACGUCCAGGAGUUUUUAAAAAGUGAGCUAUGGAUUCCCAGUGAAUUUGAGAAGUUGACUUUCCUAAGAUCUUUAUCAUCUCUCAGCGGAGCUUUACUUUAUGAUGAACCCACAGAAUCAUUUAUCCAAAGCCACAUCACAGACAUCGUUCGUGCCCUCCAUCUGCUGUUGCAAGAGGAGCCCCUGGGCUGUUGCCUCCUCAGCUCCGUGUCCCAGGAAGUCUUCAUCACCAUCACUGACUUCAGUUACCAAGAGGUCCAUUUUCUACUUGGCUCUGAAGAUCGAGUUGACUUGUUCAGCUUCAUCAUCAAAAGGGUCAUUACUCUGCCUCCUGAGGAGAACUUUGCCCAGAUGGAGGAAACCAGGUCCAUUGGGUCCAACAACUCAGAGUGUCUCUACAGGCAGACGUUCCAGGCGUUCUUGGAGAUGCUCCAGAGUUUGGUGAUCAAAGACCCCCACUUGGAAAAUCUUCAUGUGAUCUUCGAGCUGAUGGAGUCCUGGCUACAGUCCGUCAAGGACCACGAGCGGAGGCGGGCCACCGUCAGCAUGGCACAAGUUCUGAAGUGCUUAUCCAGACAUCUCGGCUUGAAGCAUCCAUUUUAUUUCCAAAGACUUGGCUGCCUGGUGGCCCUCAUGGCGCUCCUAUGUGGGGACCCGCUGAGAGAUGUGGCCGAGGAGGCUGCAGAGGGCACACACCACCUGCUGCAUAUCACCCUGAAGUUGAAGUAUAUCACUCAUUGCAAGGAAAAUCACCUCAGCUUGCGUACAGCGUUGAAAAGGUGCCGUGAACUCCUAGGGCACUACAGUAUCCUGCAGUUCUAUAGUUGUCCCUUCAAAAUUGCCCAGGUCUUCGAAGUUUUUCUGAAUUCCAGUGAACUCUACCAGUUUGUAAUGACCAUGCUGAAUGGCCUGGAUAACAAGAAACACCCCUGCACUCAGGCAUCAGCUGGAGAAUUGCUGAUAACUCUGGUGAAAAAUGCGGAGUCCCGAUUUGAAACGGUGCCAGAAAUCAUGGGAGUUAUCUGUGCCCGGCUAUCCAUAAUUAGCCAGCUGAGCAUCCGCCAGCAAGUCAUAAGUACUGUGAGCUUGUUUAUCUCCAGGCCCAAGUAUACAGAUAUAGUGCUCAGCCACCUUCUGUGUUAUCCAGUACCAUAUGACAGGUAA